AUGAUCGACCAUUUACAGAAAAAAACAUGGGAGUUAUUUACCCUAGUUUGUUUUUUUUUUUGUGGGGGGUAUUCCUUUUCCCACUUUUUCUACCUUCUCUUUCUUUUUCUUUUCCCUUCUCACCUGUUCUACCUCAUACCUCUUUCCUUCCUUUCCUUUCUUUCCUUUCUCCUUCUAGUUCACUUCGUUCCUCGACCGCUUUUCUUCUUCCUCGCCUUUUUCUUCAUUGUUUCUUCUUUUUCUUCUUCCUUUCUUCGCGCCUUUUUUUUUCUUUUUUUUACCUCAUUAUCGUCCUUUUUUUUCUCAUUGCUUAUUUCAGUUCAUUCAACGUCUUUUCAUCUUUUGCUUGUUUCUUUCUUUCUUUCUUUCUUUCUUUCUUUCUUUCUUUCUUUACAGUCUAUUCAUAUCUAUGUAUCAGUCUCUCUACUUUUUUCUCCAUCCCAACCACUUACCGUUAUUUUGAUCCCGAACAUUUUCAAUAACAGACACAAAUUUAACCAUCAGCCCCUAACUUCUCGAAGAUGCCUGUUAACCUUUCUUUCUUUCACUGUCCUUAUUCUUUCUUUCUUUCUUUCUUUCUUUCUUUCUUUCUUUCUUCAGAUUUUGUCUUCCUUUCUUUCCCACCAUAAUUCUUUCUUUCUUUUUUUGUCCCGACUAUUUCUUUCUUUCUUUCUUUCUUUCUUUCUUUCUUUCUUUCUUUAUUUCUUUCUUUCUUUCUUUCUUUCAUCUAUGUUCUUGCUUUCUCUUUUUUCUAUCUUUAUUUGCUUAGAUUCUUUCUUUUCCUCUUUCCGACCAGAGUCUCAGCGAUACCAUUUUCAAAGUGUCGUCUUGUUUUUUUUUUUUUCCUUUCUUUACUUGGUUCGUUGCCUUUCUUUUCUUUCUUUCUUUCUUUCUUUCUUUCUUUCUUUCUUUCUUUCUGGUUGUCCCAGCCUCUCCAUACCAAUCUGUCUCUCUAUUUCAAUUACCUCCCCAACCUAA